AUGACUAUGGUCAUGAUGGUCGACAUGAUAAUGGUUAUAGUGGUCAACAUGACCAUGGUCAUGGUUGAUCAUGGUGGACAUGAUGGUCAAUAUGAUCACGGUCAUGGUCAUGAUGGUCCCCAUGAUCAUAGUAUUUAUAGUCACCAUGAUCAUGGUCGUAAAGGUCAUUAUGAUCUUGGUCAUGGAGGUCACCAUGAUCAUGCACAAAAUGGUCAUUAUUGUCAUGGUCAUAAUGGUACGGGUUGUGACCAUAAUCAUGCUCAUAAUGGUCAUUAUUAUCAUGGUCAUGAUGGUCAUGCCGGUCACUAUGAUUUUGGUCAUGAUGGUCACCAUGAUCAUGUUCAGGGAAAGCGCUACGGCAUAAAACCCUUUGAAGAAUACAAUGAAAGAUUGAGAAUGUUAAGAUAA